AUGCCGUUAGGUACCACUGGGGCCUUUGGAAGGGUUAUCUUUCGAAUUGACGAAAGAGGCAGGUCCUAUCUGUUUACCAUUACUUUCCAUGCUGCUUUGCAGGGGGAGAACGAGCUUACAUGGCCGAUUAACCCUAAAACCAAUUUGUUCAAUAUUAGCUUGGCGCACCCCGUAAACCAGGCGCACCAUAUAGUAGUGGCUAUUAUCAUUUCACGUAGCGCAAGGGUCUUUGCGCCUUUCGAUGAAGACCACAUGGACCUUUGCCCUUUAUCAUGUACUACAAGGAACAAGAGAGCGCCACCCAGGAGGCAGAGUGCUGAAGACGUGCUUUCGAACGCCAUAUCAUGUAUCACAGAGGGGUUCAAUAUGUGA